AUUUUAUUAAAUGUCAAAUUAAUAUUAAUCGUGAUAAUUAUGUCUACUGCAAAAUUUACGAAAAAUGACACUAAACUGAAUUACAAUGUUUUGCAUGGUACUUAUUUAAAACCAUUGCAUUAUGAUGUCGAAAUAAAAUUUGACAGAAAUAUCUUUUCUGCGAAAUGCAAUAUUACCAUCCAGACUAAUCGUCCAACGAGAAAUAUAACUAUGAUGAAUUCAAAGAUUUUCGGAGUAGCAAGAUUUGACUUGAUUAACAACAAUAGUAAUCAAAUAAUCAACUUCUUGAAAUUUUCAUUUAUCAAUAAAACGUACCUUCAGCUUGAUUUUAACCAGUCAUCAAUAGAUUUAUUAUAUUCUGGUACAUAUAUCAUAAAAAUGACAUAUGUCAGUAACAUAGAUGACGGAGACUUUUUCGAAUCUUUCCACAUGAAAGAAAAAUAUGAAAUAUUAAAUAAAGUAAUAAGAGCAGGAGAACUAUUUCCAUAUUUUGACGAGCCGGUAUUUAAAUCAACCUUUAAUAUUUCCAUCAAGCACCAUAAAAGCUAUACAUUUUUGUCAAGUAUACCGAUACAAAAACAAGUUGAAGAUAUGGAUAACAUGAUGUGGACUCAAUUUGACACAUCACCUUCAAUGCCUGCUAAAUAUUUAACAAUUGUGAUGACAACAUACAAUUAUAGCUUAAUUUAUUUAACUUCUACUACAAUUUUCAAAUUUUGGUCUAGAAAAGAGAUAACAGAACAAGUGCGAUAUGCAAUCACUAUUACCCAAGGAGUCGUACGCUAUUUGGCACAAAAGAAUACAAGAAAAAUAUCAAAAAUAGAUUACAUUGUAACUAACGACUUUCAAGACAGUAACAUAAAGACACCGGGAUUCAUUCUAUUAAGGGAAGAAGAUAUUAGGUAUAAUAAUACAUUACAUCCCGUUCGCAAAAUAGAAGUGGCAAACUUAAUAGCACGUGAAACGAUUUCUUAUUGGCAUAAUGAUGUGUUUUUGUGGUCAAAAGAAGGAUUUAUUACGUUUCUUGCAGCACAUAUUUUGGAUCAGACUCGGUCAUAUUAUCGCAUGGUGGAUUUAUUUGUCGUUCAAACACAACAGGAAUAUUUACGUUUCCAAACUCUUCCUAUAAAUUCUCUGCUAUUUAGAUCAAUUUUUCAAUAUAUCAAAUCAUCCAUUAUAUGGCGCAUAUUAUAUCAUAUAUUAUCUGAUACUGUGUUUUGGACAAGUAUCAACACGUAUAUAGACAUACAGUAUAAUCAGAUAAACGCGACAGAUACUAAUAACUCAUCUACUAUCGUAUCAUUUUGGGACGUUGUGGAAAGUGCUCUAGGUAUAACGAAUAGUACACGUAACUUUAAUAUACAAAAUGUAGUCAAUAUUUGGUUAACGAAAAGACAUUGUCCUAUACUGUACGUGACACGAAAUUAUUCUACUAACUUAGUAUCAAUCUCAUAUAUUAAUUCUAAUAAUACACUAUUUUCUGACAUAAAACAAUAUGAAAUAUAUGUGGUAUAUACGACGAAAUCACUCAUGAACAUCGAGACACAUCACUUUUGGCUAUCUACACUAACACCAUACCAUUAUAUAUCACACGAGAUUGACAAUGAUGAUUGGAUCAUUCUCAAUUUAGAACAAGUUGGGGACUAUCGAGUCAAUUAUCAUUCCGAUUACUGGCAAAAACUUGCCCAUUGUUUGUAUUAUGAAAAUUAUACCAAUAUUCAUGUUCUCAAUCGAGCUCAAAUCAUCGAUGACACGGUUUAUUUUUUGACGCAUAGACAUCAACUCAAUUUCACCAUGUUUUGGGAUAUUACAAGUUUUCUACUUAAAGACACAGACUAUGUAGCAUGGUAUCCCAUGAUUAAAGCUGUUGAAUACAUGACGUGCAUCUGGCCGGUUCAAAAUACUGCAUCUAUAAAGUGGCCACUUAAAGAAAAGUUCUAUAAACUUUUACACGAAAUAGGAUACGAUGACAAAUAUGACGAAAGUGAUUUUACUAAAUAUUUAAGAGAAGAAGCGGUAAAAUGGGCAUGUGUUCUCGAUGUUUAUAAAUGUAGACAAACAGCGGCAUUUCAAUUAGAAAAACAUCUUGAAAGUUCUGCAGAAGAUAAACUUUUCAAGAAAGAAUGGAUAUACUGUAAAGGUUUAAUGACAUCAAACUUACUUACUUGGAACAAAGUGUGGAAUAAAUGGAAGGCAACAUCUGAUAAUACAUUUUUAGAAUACUUAACAUGUUCUACAGAUCUUUUCAUAAUUCAAAAUUAUUUAGAAUUAAUAAUAACAGAUAGAGUGUUUAAUAAUGCAACAAACAGUAAGAGAAAUGCUAAUCUUUUUCUUCUUAUUGUUGCAAAACAUGCAAAAAAUAGUAUAGUGCUCGAUUAUAUAUUCUCCAAUUUUGAAUUCUUAGAAUUUAGUUUAAAAAAGCAAAUGGACCAGAUUGCCAUCUUAAUUGUAAUUAUAACGCACGAGCAUAACGAAAACCAAUUCAGAAAGAUAACUGCAUUCAUUAUAAAUAAUGACAACCUAGUGCAUAAAAACCUAGUUAAUGUUAUUAAACAAAAAAUAAGAAAACGAAUAUUCGAAUACGGAAAACGAGUCACAAACUACGGAAGCACCGGAAGUACGAGAAAAUAGUAUGCAUACAACUCAAUCCAUGGAAGAAAAUCAUUUUAUUUCUUGUUCACGUACAUUCAUAGAUAUAUUAAUCA